UGUUAUGAUUUUUUUUUUUAUGCUAUUCUAACCUGGUGCUCAAUAAUCUAAUGUUUUGUUAUUGUUAAAUAAUUACCGGCUUGUCAAUAGACACAUUCAUAACAAUGAGAUCAUUAAAGAUUCUUAAACUUCGUAAAUGCAAUUGUCAAUUUAUGAAUGUCAGAAGAUUAGCUACUAAAUCAACAUGGAAACCUGUUGUUGGCCUUGAAAUACAUGCUCAAAUAUCAUCAGAAUCAAAAUUAUUUUCUGGAGCAAGUUCUAAUUAUGGUGAACCAGUUAAUUCUUGUGUUUCAUUUUUCGAUUGUGCUACACCAGGAACACUACCAGUUCUUAAUAGAAAAUGUGUUGAAGCUGGAGUGCUGACUGCUCUAGCUCUUUCCUGCAAAGUCAAUGAAGUAUCUUUAUUUGAUAGAAAACAUUAUUUCUACGCUGAUUUACCAUCAGGCUAUCAAAUAACACAACAAAGACAACCAUUGGCAAUUGAUGGUGAGCUAAAAUUCAAUGUAUUCUCUUCAGAUACCAAGAUUCCAUCAUAUACCAAGGUAUCAAAAAUCAAACAAAUACAAUUGGAGCAAGACAGUGGAAAGAGUCUGCAUGACGAAAAAAGAGGCUUGAGUCUUGUUGAUUUAAAUCGAGCGGGUGUACCACUAAUGGAACUUGUUUUUGAGCCAGAUCUUGCAAGUGGUGAAGAAGCUGCAGCUCUAGUCAAAGAACUUGUCAUAACUUUAGAAAGAUUAAAUACUUGUUCCUGCAAAAUGGAAGAGGGUGCAUUGAGAGUUGAUGCAAAUAUAUCAAUUCACAAACCAAAUGAACCACUUGGUGUUCGAACUGAAGUUAAAAAUAUUGGCAGUAUAAGAGGAGUUGGUGGAGCAAUUAAAUAUGAAAUUAAACGACAAAUGAAAAUUUUAGAAUCAGGUGGUAAAAUUGUUAAUGAAACAUUGUCUUGGGAUGCUGAAAAACAAAUGACUGUGUCCAUGAGAGACAAAGAAGAGAAACAAGAUUACAGAUUUAUGCCAGAACCAAAUUUACCACCACUUCGUUUACAUGUUGAUGAUAGAAAUGAUAAUAAAUUUAACUUAGUAGAUGUUUGCAGUUUGAAAAAAGCCAUACCUAAAUUACCAGAAGAAUUACGUGAUAAUCUUAGAAAUAAUUAUGGCUUAUCGAGACAAGCUACAUGCAGUAUUGUCAAUGAACAAAAAUUAUUGCAAUUUUUUGAAGAAAUAAUGCAAGAAAAUAAUGCAAGAAAUCCAAAAACUGUGACUAAUGUUUUAUUGAUGGAACUCAUGGAAUUUGUUAACAAAAAUAAACUUGAACUUGAUAAUGUGAGUUUUUCAUCAAAACAAAUUGGUGAAAUAGUUGAUCUUUUGCAGAAUCAAACAAUAAAUUUAGCAACAACUAAAAAAGUGUUUAAUAAAUUACAUGAAAAUCCAGAACAAAUGCCUAAACAAAUAGUAGAAGAGGAACGUUGGUCGCAAAUUAAUGAUCCAGAUGAAUUGACAAAAAUGUGUCAGGCAAUAUUGGAUGAAAAUCCACAAUGGGUUACCUUAUACAAAUCUGGAAAAACCAAGUUGUUACGUGCCAUGUUGGGUGCAAUUGUUAAAAAAUAUGAGGGUCGUGCUAACAUGGGCAAAGUUGUUAAAAUAUUUGAAAAACUUCUUGAGUAAAUUGAAUUUUAAAAAAAUAAAUAAAUGUAUUUUAACUUUAUCAUGAUUAAAAUAAAUUACUAAACAAUAAAAAUUAUUAUUAUUCAUGUAAAUUAUUCAUUAGAAAUUAUAAAAAAUUAUUCAAAUAAUUAAUUCAAAUUAAGACAGCUUUUUUUUAAUUAUAUUUUAUUUAUUUGUAUAAUCAUGAACGAUGAAAACACAUUUGCCAAAAGCGUGUGCAAUCAGUUUCAUUAAAUAAAUAAUAAAUACGUAGUUAUAUCUUAAUGUAAAUACUAAUUACUAUAUAUUUCCAAAAUAUUUAAUUGUAUAAAGUUUCUUUGAAUAUGAUUUUUAAUUAUUUUUAAAUGUUCUAACUAGUUUGAUGAACAAAUAAAUGACAUAUAUAUUUUUUAAAUGUUGAUACGAUUUAUGAUAAGUUUUAGCAAAAUGCUGUACAACAACGAUAUCAUUGAUUUUUAUGAUAAUGAUUUUUUUUUUCAAUAGAUAAACACACUUAAUACUAUAUAAUACAAUAAGCACAUGAACAUCACUAUUACACAAUUCCAUAUAAGUUUUUUUUUUUCCAUCAAUUAUAUCUAAAUUGUUACUGUGUAAAUUUUUGUUCUCUAUUUCGUAAUUUAUUCCUUUGUAAAUUCGUUUUUUUUUUCCAUUAUUAAUUUUUCUAAUUUUAUAAAUUUAUUGCAAAAAAAUUUAUCGCCAAAUUAGCUUAAAUCAUUUAAACGUGUAUCAGUAAAAAAAUGUUAAUAUUGUUUUUUUAUUUUGUUGAUUGAUAGUUAAUAUAUUUUGAAAAAUUCCGGCCUUGAUUUUAUUAGAAUGAAAUUUAAAGCACAAUCUGGCAAUUUAGAGUUGCUUUUAUCAUAAACGACUGAACAAUUGUGGUAUAAAAUUUUUAUUUUAAUUAAGAGAUUUAUUUUUUAAAAUGAUCGUUGUUAAUUUUUAUAUUGUCUCACAAGUUUUUGUAAAUAAUAUUAUAAUUAUUGUUUACCUUCAAUUGGUGGCAAUGACGAUAUUAUUUAUAAAUUGCAGUCUUUUUUUAAUUUUUUUUUUACAAAGGCCACUCGAGUAACAUAUCAUUCGUUUUUACUCAGAUUUAUUUUCUUUUUUCAAUUAAAGUAUAUACUAAUUUUUAGAAAAUUGUAUAUAAUUUUAAUUGAUUUUUUUUUAGCUCGUCCCCUUAAUUAUUUAAAUGUAUAUUAUUUUAAAAAAAUCACAAUAUCUCAAACGCAAUUUUAUAAAAAGCGUUGUUUAUUAUUUUCAAAUUAUUUCAAUUAUUUUAGUGAUUUAAAAAAUUUUAUUUAUCAUUUAAUAGAGACAGUAGUAAAAUUUUUGAAAUAUUAUUUAUUUUUCGUAUUAAAUCAUUCGAUUCGAUUCGUUAAAAUUUAUUUAGAAAAUAUUUUAUCUACAUAAUUACAUAAAGUCCUUUGAAAAAAAUUUAUAUCAACAUAAUCACUUUUAUUAAUUUUAUCAGAGUUAAAUUUUAAUAUUUUUUAAAUUUUUAUUUUUCAAUUAUUCAAACUUAUUGACAUGUGAAUUAAAGCUUUUUUUAAAAAUUUUAAGUAAUUGCCGUUUAAGCAUUUAACAAUUGCUUUUUGGCACUGCCACAAGACUGAAUCCACUUUGAUAAUUUUCAUUUUUUAAAUUUUUAUAUAAUAAAUUAAAUUAUUAAUAAAAACAU